AUGACUGAGCAAACAUUUACCAUGUUCCUGCAACAGGACGACAAGGACAUGGCGCGAUACCACGAUGCCUCGCACAGCGUCGCCUUCACAUCGGCCCCGAUGGAUAUGAACAUUGCCGCCGAAGCCUACAGCGCAUACGCCGGCUCUCUCGCGACCACCAUGGGCAGCCUCGAGCAGACCAUGUACGGCACCGAUAGCGGCGUUCCCAACUACGUCCUCAACAACCGCACCUCGCCGAGCGUAUACCCCGACGAUGGCGACAUGCGACUGUCGUCUUCGGGCCUUUCGACGGCGUCGGCCCCGUCAGCACCGUCAUCGGUCGUCGGAUCACCGCAGUCGCACACUGGCCAUUUGGGCGUACCCGAGUGGGCAAGUAUGCAGCCGGGCAUUGUGGGCGACUACAUGACGGGUGGUGAGUACCCGACGUUUUCGAGCUCGAAUGUAGAUGAUUUGUCGACCUUUGACUUUACACAUGCCAAAACUUUUGUUGAUCCCUCAUUGAUCCACCCUGAAAUUGGACAGCCCAACCCAAUAUCCUUCUCGCCAUAUGACGCAGGAUUCCAUCAACCCGUCCACCCAUAUCCCGCCUCUCCUUCGCUCGCCGCCUCGCCUCAACCUUCGAUGAUGCGCACCAGCUCCUCUUCGCCCUACCUUCAUAAUGGCUCCUUCCAACAAGCCUUCUCUCACAGCCCCUACGGCACUCCCAUGGACCCCACCGGCCGUCGCCCGAGCAUGGCCGGCGGCUUCAUCUCGCCUGGCUCUGCCGAGUAUCCUUCCGGCGACGAGAACAAGGAGCGCCAGCGAUGCACUUAUCCUGACUGCGGCAAAGUCUUCAAGGAUCUCAAGGCCCAUAUGCUCACCCACCAGACUGAGCGCCCUGAAAAGUGCCCCAUCCAGACCUGCGAGUAUCACGUCAAGGGCUUUGCUCGCAAGUACGACAAGAACCGACACACCCUGACCCAUUACAAGGGUACCAUGGUUUGCGGCUUCUGCCCUGGUUCUGGUUCGGCUGCCGAGAAGUCGUUCAACCGCGCCGACGUUUUCAAGCGCCAUCUGACAACCGUUCACGGUGUCGAGCAGACGCCACCAAACUCUCGCAAGAAGGCCCCCACCGCCAUCAACCCUGGCAAGAAGCUCACCGGUUACGCUCCUGACGCUACCGGCAAGUGCAGCACCUGCUCACAGACCUUCUCCAACGCCCAGGACUUUUAUGAGCAUCUGGAUGACUGUGUUUUGCGCAUUGUUCAGCAGGAGGAUCCCGCCGAAGCCAUCAACGCCCAGCGCCUCGCCGAAGUGGAGAACGAUAGUAGCGUUCACCAGACCCUGGAGAAGAACAACCUGCCCACCGUCACUCCCACCAACCACUCUACUCCCGGUGAGGAUGAUGAAGAGGAUGAUGACAUGGAAGACGGUGAAGAUCGCCUCAACAUGUCACCCAAGAAGAAGAUGGCCCUCACAAACGGCGUGUCCAAGUCACGUGGCUUGACACACUCGCGCGGCGGCGUUCCCUUGAUUGGGAAGACACGCGGUCGUAAGAACCGUAAGGAUUAUCCAUCCUCUUGGGGCUUCGACAAGGGUCAAAUGACCAUGAAGAAGCGCAUCAUGGCCGUCUUUGACGGCGGGCGUCGCCUAGCCAAGGACGAUUUGAUGCUUUCCACCGACCGUGAAGUUCGUCUUAAGCUCUCAGACGGCAAAGCUUACGUCACCGACCUGGACGUGCAGACCAUGAAGCGCGCUGAGGGCUUCCUCAACGCCACCGACGACGAAAAGGGCCCCUGGAUUUCUGAUGACCCUACCGAGGAGCAGAUUCUGGAGAUGCAGAGAGUGCAAGAAAUCCUCAGUAACACCGAAACCACCACGGAAACGACUCCCGCUUCUUCGUAA